GGGCUGCCUGAUUGGCCUCCCCCGGGCCAGCCCCCACAACUUCGUCCUGUGACUUCGGCCGCCGCGUCUUUCCUGCCGCUGGGAUCCUCGCUGCCCACCAUGCGCGUUCUGGCCGCCGCCCUCCUGCUGCUGGUGUGCCUCGCCGCCGGCCGCGCCGAGCGGGUGCAGUACAAGGACUGCGGAGACUGGAGCCUGAACGGUUCAUCUAUGCUCCCACACACUGCCUUUCCCUCCGCUAAACCCAGAAGCCAGCGUUCAGUCCUCACAGUCUGUUCUACAGAAGCAGAAACCAAGACACAGAGUAACUUGCCCAAAGCUCACAGCUGUGAGCAGUGGGAAACUGGUUCUGAGGUUGGAGUUAUAAAGGAGGUAAAUGUGAACCCAUGUCCCACCCAACCAUGUGAGCUGAACAAAGGACAGACCUACAGUGUCAACGUGACCUUUACCAGCAAUACUCAGUCUACAAAUAGCACAGCCUUCGUGCACGGCAUCCUGUUCAAGGUGCCCAUCCCCUUUCCCAUCCCUGAGCCUGACGGUUGUAAGAGUGGAAUCACCUGCCCCAUCCAAAAAGGCAAGACCUAUAGCUACCUGAAUAAGCUGCCGGUGAAGAGCGAAUACCCUGACAUAAAACUGGUGGUGAAAUGGGAACUUCUGGAUGACAAAAACCAGAAUCUCUUCUGCUGGGAAGUCCCAGUAGCAAUCAAAGGCUAGAAGCGUUUGAUGCCAGUAUGUCUCCACAGGGGUUCCUCAGCUCCAAGUGCCUCACCGAAGCCAGCGCCCCCGGCCAGCGGCUGUGGCUCUGGACAGCACCUUCAGCCCCGUGGCUUCAGCAGUAGUGACUUGUCCUCUGUGUAUCCAGAGAUCACUGGAGAGGUGUUCUACAGCAGAAACUUAGCUCCGCUCGCCGACACUUCUGUGGCUGUCCUGCGUCUCUUGUCCCGUCUUAGCAUUAAAGACAGUGCUUGGUUAGCGGAAAUUUGAUUUUUUUUUAACAAUAUUAACUUGUAUCCUUUUGCUGCAUCUGAAUCUUUAAAUAAAUAAAAAACAAAGUCUUCUGCA